UCUUCAACACACACUAAGAAACCACUCCAAGUUCAAAGCCUUCUUCUUCUUCUCAUUUCCCCUUCCUCUUUGAUCUCUUUCAAAUCAUUUGUUCAUCAUGGGAGUUUUCACUUAUGAAUCCGAAAUCACCUGCUCCGCCACACCAGCUAGGAUUUUCAAGGCCUAUGUUCUUGAUGGAGACAAUCUCGUCCCAAAGGUUUCUCCUCAAGCAGUUAAACAAGUUGAAAUCCUUGAAGGAGAUGGAGGGCCUGGAACCAUCAAGAAGGUCACUUUCGGCGAAGGGAGUAAAUUCAAGUAUGUGAAGCACAAGGUGGAGGCAAUCGACAAGGAGAACUUGUCUCACUCCUACAGCAUAAUUGGAGGAGAUGCUUUGGAAGGCAAUCAGCUUGAGAAAAUCACAUACGAAUCCAAGUUUGUUGCGUCAGCUGAUGGAGGCUGCAUAAUUAAGACUGUUAGCAAGUACUGCACUAUUGGUGAUGCUCAGAUCAAGGAAGAGGAAGCUAAGGAAGGUAAAGAACAGGCCACUCAAAUGUUCAAGCUCAUUGACUCUUACCUCAAGGAAAACCCUGACACUUACAACUAAAUAAUAAGGCUGUUAAAGACUUUAUUAUAUAUGGUUAUGUAUCAAAAUGAAGCUUUUCUAGCAGCUUUUUGAAGGUGUGGCUUUUCAUGGCUUUUUUCUUUAUGUCUCCUUGUAAAACUUUCCCGGGGCUUGCCAAUAAGAGUGAGAGUUGUGAGAUUCUGGCUUAUAUAUGUAAUGUUUGAAAACAUAUUAUUACAUCUUUUCCUAUAAUAAUAAUAAUAAUAAUAUGAAAACAUUACUUACAAA